ACUCCAUCCCACGGACGAGUGUACACAGACUCUCAAGUUGAACCCAGACGCGCACACACAAGACAACACUUACAGCAAGAGGACCAUAGUCGGAGAAAAGGUAGAGAGGGAAAAGAAAGGAGAGCGGACGGAGCUGCUGCCGAGCGAGCAAAAUUUGGAUUUUAAUUUAUUAAGCGAGCCCUAAAUGACAGAGUUGUCUUUGCUUUUUACUGUUUCAAAGUCCACUGUGAAGUGCACUUUUUUUCGGGACUUCGUGUGACCCUCUGGUAAUUUUUGAAAAACUUUGCAAGAAACAAAACUGCGGCAAAGGCAAAGAGAACAGCGCUUUAACCGUCAGCUUUAACCGUCCCGUAUGGAUAAAUAAGGCAGAGAAGCGCACUGGUGGAGAAAAGCUCACUACGGGGAAUUUCAUUCAUUCAUCGGUUCUGGCUUGAAGGAGAGAGAGUUUUUUGGGGGGAGGCGGAUUAAAACAGAAGCCAGCUUGCACCGGAAUUGCCCAUUGGGGGGUUCCUCUUUAUUACUGACUGAAGAAGGAUUUAUAGUUUACUCCAAAUCUAAUCUGCUCGGUGUCUUAGGUCAAGCACAGCGGGAGCGCAGUUUGGUGAAAAUGAGAUUGAUGGCACCAAUGCGAUAGUAAUCUUUCUGUGGGAACAAAAGGAGAAAGAAAUAUAGAAAUUAAAAUAUUGCCCUUUGAAUCCUUAUUGCGAACAGUCGCGGGGUUUUUAUCGACUGGAGGGAUGGAGACGAUCGGGAGAAAGGGAGGCGCGCCGUUGGGGUGUCGCCUCUGGAAGACGCUGCUUCUUCUUCUGCUGUGGAAAGUGUCUGACAGCCCAUCGGUAGCAGCAGGCGGUGGACCAGGCGGCGGGCCGGACAUCUCCCAGUCCCACUUCUCCUCCUCUCUUCCCACCUACCUCCCUGUCCAAUGCCAACUAAGUGGCGCUGAUUCCGCCUUCUUCCUGCGAGAAGCCAAUCAGGAGGUUAUGCGAAAUGGCAGCCUAUCAUCACGGACUGAGCCAUUCUUUCUCCACCAGCUAGAACCAGGCAUUUCUGCCCCACACUCUCUGCCAAGUGUAAACUGCAGUUAUGGAAAUCUGAGCACUGAGCAGCCAAUCCCUGUGGAAUUGCUUCAAGGUCCACCACCACACCUGCUCCUUUCAACAAACCGUGUGACGUUGAACUGGAAGGUCAAAGGUCAGGUAGUGGUGCCUAAAGUGGGAUCAACAAGGCCCUGGAUACAGGUAUUAUUUUACCUGGUAGGGCGGCGUUGGGAUGAGCCUGAACCACCUCCAUCAUCCCUCCUCCCAUGCAUCAGGGCCUUGGCCAUCCGUGACACUAGUGAAGCAGCACCCUCGGCAGGCUGCCGACUCAUGGGACCAUCUGGUAUCUGUGUUGUCCGUCUGGAGAUUCCCCCAGCUUGGUUUACACCACCACAAGUGAGAAAGAGACCUCCUGAAGUGGCGCUACCAUCAGUGGAUGUGUAUUACUCAAUUAUACCAGUGGAAGGUGCUGGUCAAGAGUGUCCCUCCAUUGUUAAUGAGCCAUGGAAAGCUCCAAGUGCAAACCCUGGGCCACAUGGUGGUCUGGCUAUGGGCCUUGGGGGGCAGUGGAGCACCCUAGUGGAUGAAGGUCUUCAAGACAUGCUGAAAGUUGGUUCUGUUGCAAUGAGCAUGGGCCCUGUUUCUGCCAAAGGAGAAAGACUACAAAUAGAUGACAAUGUGGAAGUUUUGGAGCCUCCCAGUCCUGUUCGGCUUGGCAGAACAGUGGCUUUUGCCAUCUACAUGAAGACAACUUCAAAUACGGAACAGUUUACAUUGAGGGUGUGGUUCCAGUCAGGUAUCAACUUCCUGGCUGUGAAACCCAGCAACCUUGUCGCAUGGGAGAUCAAACAGGAAAUGGCACCGGGAAGCAGUUCGUUGGCAGUUAUGUGCCAGAGAAAGGCCUCCUCCACAGCAGAGAGAUUAGAAAGUCCUUCCUAUGAGGUGAUGCAGCUCGACUUUGAGGUGGAUAACGUGAUUAACCUGGUGCCAACCCAGACUCUACACUGGAGCGUUGAAUACCCAGCUGGCACACAGACAACUUCCAGGCAAACAGAGAAAGUUUCACACCUCUAUAUCAGCAGUGCCGACAUACAGGGCAUCGUACCACUGGCUGAGGACACAGAGAUUGUGAAUACAGCCAUUCUAACUGGUCGACAUGUUGCAGUGCCAAUCAAAGUGGUUACUGUGGAAAGCGAUGGGCAGGUGAGGGAGGUGGACGACUCCAUCACCUGCAGCUCAACAGAUGUGGAUGUGGUUAAGGUUUCUCCAAACUGUGACAAGGUUUUGGUGAAUGGCAAAGAAAUGCGUGGUCGGCAGUCUUUGACCAUCAAGUUCUCAUACCUGCACCUAUCUGCUCAGCUUCAGCUCACCGUCUGGGUGCCCAAGCUACCGCUUCAGAUAGAUCUGUCAGAUACUGAGCUCAGCCAGGUCAAGGGCUGGAGGGUGCCAAUCAUCACUAACAAGAGACCCACCAGAGACAGUGAAGAUGAUGAGGACGAUGACAGAAAGGGCAAAGGCUGCACCCUACAGUACCAGUAUGCUUUGGUGCGGGUCCUCACUCAUUUUGUCGCAGAACCGUCUGACCCAGGUGGAGAGAUGGUUUACAUGCUGGGUGCUGACUGGCAAGUUGAUAUCACUCAUUUGGUCUUGGACCAAUUAAAGAUAGAAGAGCCUCGCAUUGCCAGAUUAAUAGAUGGAAGAAUCGUAAUCGGGCGGGACCUGGGACACACCAAUAUACAGGUUCUGUCCCCCUUGUCUGACUCGAUACUGGCAGAGAAGACUGUAACUGUAUUAGAUGACAAGGUCACCAUUUCUGACCUGGGAGUCCAGCUGGUUGCAUCUUUGUCCCUUAGUUUGAGUCCAAGUCCUGUAAAUUCUCAAGCCAUACAGUUAACAACCACAGCUGCUGACCUGCUACAUACACCUAAACAGGAAGCCGGGAUCAGUGCAUGGAUCCAGUACAGUGAUGGUUCGGUGACACCAUUGGAUAUAUAUGAUUCAAAAGACUUCCUACUUUCAGCUGUCUCACUUGAUGAAAAUGUCAUUUCUGUUACCAAUCAGGAACAGCACUGGCCCAUUGUAGUAGCAGAAGGUGAUGGGCAGGGGGCAUUGUUUCGAGUAGAGAUGGUCAUCUCUGAAACUUGCCAGAAGUCAAAAAGGAAGAGUGUGCUGGCAUCUGGAGUUGGAAAUGUUAUAGUUAAGUUUGGAGCAAAAAAUGACGAAAGAGGAGUGAUGGGAAGAGGGGGGCAAGAGGAUGGUGGAGGGUUGGAUAACAGCACCAGUGAACAACGGACAAAAGAUGGAGGAGAGUGGAAAUCCAACAGUGCAGCAGUGGACCGAGAGGAAGGAGCCAUGAGGAAGGUUAGCUCAACAACCAAGAGUACAGUAACCCACCGUGCUUCUGGUGGCAAAGGUGCUGGUGGCGGCAGCAGCAGUAGUCGGGGCAGUGGCCCCAGCCAACCAGGCGACUACAGUAGCUACCCAGCACCAGUGGAGGUACCGGGGACUGGAAACAGUGAGCUAACCCAGCCCACUAGAGGCCUGUCAGACCUGGAGAUUGGGAUGUAUGCCCUUCUGGGAGUAUUCUGCCUGGCAAUACUGGUUUUCCUCAUCAACUGUGUCAGCUUUGCUUUCAGAUACCGUCACAAGCAAGUCCCAGUUCUAGAGGCAGGAGGCAACAUGAACCAUGCCCACGACUGGGUGUGGCUUGGCACUGAGGCUGACCUUUUAGCAGACCACUCUGACCAAUGCCAGGGUGGCGUGCCGGAUGAGUGCACCACCAUAAUUGACCGCAAUGAAGGGGGCUACGAGGAGAACAAGUAUCUACUGAAUGGGGCCGGUAACACCUUGGUAAUGGGCAUGGGCACUAUAAGUGGGAGCGGUGGCAGAGGUGGACAUCGGGGUGUCACCCAUGGACAAACCUUGCCUAGAUCCGUUCCAGAAUCGCAUCAGUGCCUUUCAGCAAUCACUACUGGUGGCAAAGAUGCUACAGGUCAAAAGGAGCAUCUGAAUAAUUCCCCCCAAGCCACAGCUGCAGCUGCUGUUGCAGCGGCCAAACGCAAACGCGUCAAAUUCACAUCUUUUGCCACUGUUCUGCCCAAUGAUAAUUCAGGUGGUGGCCCAUACACCAACUCAUCAGUUCUGGUGACGAAUGGGAGUGAAGAUGAUAUCAAGUGGGUGUGCCAGGAUAUGGACCUAGGUCAGUCUGAAAUCAGAACCUAUAUGGAGAGGCUACAAGACAAUCUGUGACUGAUGGGAAAGAAACUGAGAAAUGGAGGGGCAGAGGAUUAGUACAGUAGGGGGAGAAUGGACAAUGAGUACAAUUCACCUAUAAUGCCUUUGCAGUGGAUAUAUGGAGGGAGAAUGGGAGGGAUAUAGGAAGCGUGAAGGGAACAAAGUGUGAUGAUGUGUCUGGAAGAGCAUCUAAGAGACAUUGUGUUGGGUUGGGGACGCUUACAUUUAGCAUCCCUUAGGCUAUGAAAGGCAUCACUAGCUCACACUAAAAUUAAUGGUAGCAAAUAAUAAAUAACUUUGAGUUUUUUUCUGUUUUAUUUAUUGUGAAAAUAUUAGUGUAAAAAUCAAUAAUAAAGUCACUAUUGUUUUAAAUGUUUACUUUCAGAAAAUUAGUAAACCAUUGUAUAGAUACUUACAGUAAAUUCAGGGUACGUUAUUGGACAGACAUUUGUAAGCCACUUUACAUUUAAACGAGGAUGGGAAGGACUUACAUCAUGUCCUGCCUUCAGAAGUCUUUUUUACUCGUGUGGUAUAUUGCCAACCUUUGCUGUGGCCGUUGACUAAUCAUUGAUCUACUUUUGAUAUACAAACAUUUACCUGCCGAGUCUGCAGAAUGGUUACGUAACGAGUUCUCUGACGAAUAUGUGUUGUUGGUUUAUCAUGUGACCCAUUUCUUAUGGCAUUUCUCAUAAGUAACAUGUGAAAUGUAAUAAAUAUAUAUAUAGUCCAAGUACUCAACUAGAAAUUCAGGCAUUUUGCAGUUACUGGUGGGAAUUGCCAUUCAGCUCUGUAUUCAGGCAAAUGUGCUCUUUCUUGAAACAACAGAGUGUCUUGAGAGUUGGAAAAUGAUGUAUCUUACAAAAGACUGUUUCUCCCUUGGAUCCAAGACAGAGGCAUUUAUUCUUGCACAAUUACAAACAGGAAAGGACAUUAGCCAUAUUUGAGGCUGAUUUUCUGUUUUCCCUGCAGCCAACGAUGGCUUUCUCCCUCUAUCCAGAAUCACUCCUGUCAUCCCCUGGCCCAUCUCCUUGUCUGUGAUUGGACAACAGUAGAACAUUUGUGAAGUUAAAAAAAAAGAAAAAUACACACGCAGUGAAACACUGAGUGUAAGGGGACUGACUGAAGUGUCUCAUAUUAAAAAAAAGGAAGUGGUUGGGCUUUGCAAAGCCUGACUGAGCACCUAAUAAUGAAGAUUAUUAAAAAAAAAUGUACCACAUAGGCAACCAGACAGACAGGAGUACCUACAAUGUUGAACAUUGAGAUAACAGGAUGUACUGAAUGACAUGUGAAUGGAUAAUGAUAAUGGAAUGGAUACCUGACGAACAGAUAUGGAUACGUACCAGCUUGUUGAACAUUAUUAUGAAUAUAUUGGGGUUUUUUCUCCUUUUGUUUGUCCUUUUUGAUAAAUAGAAGGUUUUUAUGUUUUUCUUUGUUAUGUUUUUCCCUAAUUUGGGAAGAUAUUAACUGUAGCUUUUUAUUUCAGAGAUUUAUUAAGAUUUAAGAAUAUAUGAUCCUUUUUUUCCUUCUAGAUACCUAUUUAUUUGAAAUCAUGUUUGAGAGGGUGAGGAAGGAAUGACAGGGCAAGGACAAAGACUGAAAGUAAUAGGCCUGCUGGUGAAUGAUAGCACAUAAAAGAAUAAGUGGAAAGAAGGACUCAGAACAGGCAAAGGUUGCCUCACCUUCGUUAAGCUCAGGUGACGAGUCAUGAAGAACCGACAAUAAAAAAGGAGAACUGUACGAUGUUAAGAUUGCAAUAUUUAUUUAUAAAUGUGUUACUGUUUCAGAGUACACUGUAUGUUGUAAAUAAAUAAACAUGCUUCAAAGUGCUUGUGAAUAAGAUUGCAGGCCACUAGCCAACAACUUGGUGAUAUUUUGUACAUUUUACAGUGCAAAUAUGGUACACAAUACUAUCUACCACCACAAUGUGAAAGUGAUCUUAUGGGUUCUUUUUUUCUAAAGAUGUUCUGGUCUUUACUUCAAGUAUUGAAUGAGUUCUUGUCUUUGUACAGGGUAGAAAUCAGUUUACCUCCGUGAGAUGUAAAAAUGGAGGCCAUUACACUCAAAAUUGUUUGAGAAGGGCGAGUCUCAGAGGUCCAUUUAGGAAAGCAAAUUAAACCAACUGUCACAAUGUUUUUUUUAGUGGGCUCAUUCAAUUGAAAACAAGGGCAUAAUUUUGAUUACUAAAAGCAUCUCUAUUUUCAAUCAUUUGUUAAACAAGAAACAUUUGAAAAAUACACACUGACAUCAAAACACAAAUGAUUGGGUCUGAAAUGGAAAGAAUUGGGAACAAAAAGAAAAUGCAGUGUAAACAGACACAGAUAAGAGACCUGAGCUGAUGCCAAAUGGGGAAUAAAAAUUGCCGUAUGGCCUCCACCAAAGCAAUAGAUAUUCUGACUGAUGAUGACAACUAUACUGUAUGUUCUGGACACAUUACUGUAUCUAUCCUACUCUGCUCUCCGAUGUAGUUAUAAGACUGCUGUGCUCCAAAGGAACAGUCAAAUGGAUCCUAGUUCAAUAGUUGCUUAAUCCAUUUUACCUACUUUUAUUUUUAAAAAAUAUAUGGAUGUCAACUUAAAAAAAAUACAAGGCUAUUUUUGAGAGACUGCAGAUUUCAGCUUGCACUGUAUUUGAUAUCAAAGAAAGAAAUACACUGUAAAAAAAUAUAACAAUGUCAGCAAAACCCACAAUGUACAACACGCUUAUUAAACUACUGCUAGCUUGUCCUGAGAGAAAUAGUUUUAACUUAUUUGCCUUUACAAAUAUGAGAGAUAACCUCUCUAAUAUUGGCUCGUCUUUACCUCAUCAUAUAAAGCACCUUGAGAUGGCUGUUAUUGUGAUUUUGCUAUAUAAACUGAAUCCAGUUCAAUUCAGUUGAAAUGAAAUAAAUUAACUGCCACAACUGGUAGCUUCUAGAGGGUAGAGUUAACUCAUGUUUGGUGCCACCGGUAACAUUGCACAGAUUUAGGCAGAAUUGUAAAUGCAGAAUCAAGAUAACUUUUUAAUUUUGUUUUUCUUAGAAGUCAUCUUUAUUGGUAAAUUAAUGCCUUAUAUCACAUGGCAAUUAUUUUUCUACAGAUUAUUCAUUUAAUUUUUGUCUUGUUUCUCAUAGUUGCACAUACUACUAAGAUGAUUAGGCGUCUUUUACAGUCAAUAUUCAACAUGCGCCACAGAAAUAGUUGCCUUAUUUUUCUGACAGAAAAUGAGCACUGCUUUGUUUUCAGAAAAGUUGUCUAACUCUGCAGAUGUCCCUUGCCAUACCAAAUCUUGCUAAAACAUUCCAACAUAGUAUUAGUCGUAGACAGUAUAAAAGAUGGUUGUAGCUUCUGGGUUGUGGAAUAUGAAGCCAAUGCAGAAGUGCCUUAAACCUAAAGUAUACUCUGUCACAAGGCCACCAGAUGACAAUAGCUGUUCUUGCAGAGACUUUUUCUUAUAUAAGUCUACUAGAAAAAUGGCUUUCUGUUUUGACCUGUUUUGAUCUGUCUUGACCCGAUGUGUUUAUGAACUUAGUCACUCAUUUUGGGUCGCAUUGAAUGCAAAAAAUAAGCCUAUUUUAUAAAAUCUUAGUCAUUUAAAAAAAAAAAGAAAAAGAAGAGUAUUAUCCAUGGUAUUCUGCCAUCACACUCACUGCCUAAAAAUCUAUCAAUUAUAAGUCAUUAUUCAGUGAGGAAAUCACAUUUCUUUAAAACUAAGAUGGCACAAUAAAAGCACUAAUCUUAAGGCUUCAUAACCAGUGGAUUACAUCAUAGUAACUACUUCCACCUUUUACACUGGCUGUGAUACCAGUAAAGUUGUUUUCAGACCAGUGCACAUGACUUCUAAAAAUAUGCAUUUAAAAAAAAACUAUUUCUCUUUGAUAAAGCCAGCUGAUAGCAGUAGAUCAAGCAAGCAAAAACAUUCUUUUAUAGCAGGUACAUUUGACUGCUGAAAAAUCCAACCUCACCGGAACAGGUUAGAUUUUACAAAAUCUAUUACACUGUUAUAUAGUCACACAUGGGCAGCAGUUUAAUAUACUACAGAGUAGAGGAGGUACUAGCAGACAU